UCUUGGUUAUUUGUUCUUAUUACAUUAAAAGAGAGUGUUGGUGGCGCAAGCAAGACUAAAGCGACACCGUUUCGAGCAAGGCGUGAAGGAAGGUAUGUCACUGGUGGACUACGACGAUUCUUCAUCCGACGACGAUGUCUUACCCGCGGCGGAGCACAAGGCAGCUUUGCCACAACCACCGCAACAAAAACCCUCUCCCCCGAAAUCACGGAGAUCUUUGAAUGAGAAGGAAGAAAGUGAGGGACUUCCUCAGCUACCAGAUGCUUUGCUUCUUCUGGAGUCACCAACACUCACACGUGUGAGUGGCGGUGGUGACCAUGCUUCCGUUGUUGCAGCUGCAAUGCGAAAACGAGAGUUAAAUGGGAACUCUUCUUCUCUUCCUCGUCGUCCCAAGGUGCCAAGAGGAGCUUUGCCUCACUCCAAGAAUAUUCCAGACACUUCGGGUAACCUGCUUGUGCCUCCUCAGCUCAAAGGAAGGAGCAAUGUUGCCACAGAAGAUAUGAGCAGGCUUUUUGUGAAGAAACGGCAAGAGUCCUCCAAGGCAACACCUCCUAAUCAGGAUUAGUUUUAUUCAGUUUUGAUUUUUGAAUGCAACCUAUAGUUGUGGUAUCUUAGUUGGUGGGAAAUAAAAAAACAGUGUUUUUUUUAUGAAAUCUACAUUAUCAUGACUAGAUUUAGCAUAAACUGUUUAAUGUAAACGUCAAUCUUAUUUUUAGAACAAAAAACUCUGAAACAAAA